AUGUAUGCGGCGGACCCAACUUCCGUGUGGGUUUACAACCGGAGCAUAGAGCAUAAAUUCGACAUGGACUGUUUCAACUCCGCGGGUGAACGCAGAAUCGACUACUGCACCGCGCAUGCACCGGACGCCGAUUGGACGAGGCUAAGAGGAGAAAGAAUGCAUUUCAAGUUAUUCCCAAACGGUGUUGCUAACGCCACUUUAUUCUGUAUUCUGUCACCAAGCUGGCAUUUUGCAUGCGAUUUCCUGCCUGAAAUGGGCUGUUUGGAUAAAAUAUAUUCACAUUUUCGCCCCGGUGUGUAUUUUGACCCGACGACGCAGCCACGAGACGACCCUGCCGGGCGGAAGGAGGCUUCGUGCGUUCCACUGGCGGGGCUCGAGCUCAGGUCGAGUUCGACUUUGGACGCGCCAAUUGACCCUCUGCCAACUCGAGCCGGGAGCCGCCCAUUUGGCGCAAUUCACAAAUGCAGCCUCGAAAUUCUUGAAAUGGGUUCUCGAAAUGGUUCACAACCGCCCGAUGACAAGCCUUUUGUGAUCCAUUUUCGAGCGACUAACAUUGCCACGUUUAUGGCCGAAAGAGAUGACACUCCAAUCAGCUUGAAGGUGACCGAGGCUGCGCAACAUCUCUUCAUCUCCGUCGGCCAAUUCGACGCGAAUGUCGCGGAGAAGCCGGUCUCGUUUUUCAGAGACCUGCCCAACUCUUUGAUCUUCGACGAAGAGAUCAAAAUAUUCGUUGAAGGCGUUCGAAGUAGGCGAUUUCAAAAGGUGAGCAGAUGCACAUGUUGGCACCCAUUGGCAUGUUUUGCCACCGAGAGCCGGUCGAAUGCAAGUGAAAUGCCGAACCACUUGGGUCAACUUCUGAAAGUAAGAGAUAAAAAGACUUUGGUCGCAGUUUCAUUUUGA